AAGCCCAUCUAACGCACGGCCCAGCCCAGUUCAGUAUUUCAUCUCCGCUCAUAUUUCAAAAUUCAAAUACACAAAUAUUCGCAGAAUCUCACAAAAGUUCCAUCUCCGAUUGUUGUCGCAAGCUCGUACCAGCUCACAAAUCGCUCGAGAAAGAUGGAUGGGCAUGAUGCAGAUAAUACUAAACAAAGCACUGCUGACAUGACGGCGUUUGUUCAAAACCUUCUCCAGCAAAUGCAAACUAGGUUUCAGACAAUGUCGGAGUCCAUCAUUGGUAAAAUUGAUGAGAUGGGGAACCGCAUUGAUGAAUUGGAGCAGAGCAUCAACGACCUUAGAGCUGAGAUGGGUCAAGAAGGUUCUCCGUCUCCUUCUGCUCCACUGAAGGCAAGAGAAGAACCGAAGUCUGCUGAAGAUAGUUAAUGGAAAAAGGAUGCUUAUUCAUCACCUUUGAUCAUUUGUGAUUUUUACAAUGGGAAUUGUAGUACCCCCGUUUUGUUUUCUCCCCAGUUGUCUCCCAUGAUAUAUUCAGGAGGCACUCUAUGAGCAAAGAUUUGUAAUUGACGGUUUCUUGAGAUGGGAUUAGUUUGCUGCAUUUUGUAUGUAUUCCUGCAACGGAAUUUGGUGUGCGUAUUGACGUGUAAUGUACUUGCCUUAUAAUGUCAAAUGACUUGGGUUUUGGAGUUUUAUUGCUUUGUAUUGAGCUACCUUAAGUCUUUUGAUCUGAGUUAUACUACUAGUAUAACCAGCAUUCAUUUGUCAGAUCGAAUGCUGGAAUUUCUAUUCA